ACAGGUUGACACUGCAGAUUUUAGCCUUUUGCCCACAAACCCUAACUGGGCCACCAUGGUACUGCUCCCAACAUUAAAUUCACACCCUCAGUGUACUCUCAUCAGUUUCCCAAAUCACCCUCAGUUCAAAGUUUUUCACAUUUUCUUGUAAACCAACUUCUAGGGCUUAGGUCUGAUCUUCAUCGUAGAAAUUAAAACUACUCUCUCUCUCCAUUUCUGAUCUGCUUUUCUUUUUCUCUUUUAAAAUAAACAAUUCUCAGGACUGAUUCUGGCCUGCCAUUGGCUGCAAUAUUCUGGGAGAGAGAGAAAAGAUGGGGCACCAUUCUUGUUGCAACAAGCAGAAGGUGAAGAGAGGGCUAUGGUCACCAGAGGAAGAUGAGAAACUCAUUAACUACAUUACAACCUAUGGCCAUGGUUGUUGGAGCUCAGUCCCUAAACUUGCAGGCCUGCAAAGAUGUGGAAAGAGCUGCAGAUUAAGAUGGAUAAAUUACCUCAGACCUGACUUAAAACGUGGGAGUUUCUCUCCACAAGAAGCAGCUCUCAUCAUUGAACUCCAUAGUAUUCUAGGCAACAGAUGGGCACAGAUAGCAAAACAUCUACCAGGGAGAACAGAUAAUGAGGUGAAGAACUUUUGGAAUUCAAGUAUAAAAAAGAAGAUCAUCUCUCAUGAUGUUCCAGCUUUAGCCUCUUUCGCUGAUGUUCACAGUUCUACACCUCUAGAGGAAGGUUUCAUCUCUCUAAAUACAAACCCUAAUUUGAUCCUUAGUGCUCAACAAGACCAGCUCUAUCUUUCCCCCGCAGCACCAGUGCUACAAAGUUUUGCACAUGUAGAUUUCAAGCCAAAUCCGAACAAUUACAACAUUGAUUUGGUUCAUCAUCAUUUCCCAUUAACUGCAAUGCUCCCACCCCCUUCAAAUACAUCUCCCUUCGACCCCUCAUUGCCAUUGCCCUUUGUACCUCAACAUGAUUUUGAUCAUCAAAAUCAAGAAGAUCACGUCCAAAUUAUCAGCAAUGAAGUAGUUCAAAAUUUUGUUAGUGACAAGCUUAUUAUGAAUCCAGCCACUGCGGUAGAUCCUUAUGACCAUCCGUUAAUGGACCCUUCAACAGUGCCCAAACUCUGUGAAAUCCUUGAAGGAAACAUCAACAUGCCGCCAACAUCUGUUUCACUAGAAAAUUUCAAUCCAGUAGUCGCCAGGCUUUCGUCAUGUUUUCAAUUAUCAGCUGGUUCAACCUAUGCACGUGACAUACAAAUGGCAACAAGCCAGAUGGAGUGUAUUGAUACCAUCAUCACAUCAAUGCCAUCAUCUUCAUCAUCAUCAUCCUUAUCAGCAUUAUCCAGCGGGCAAUAUAAUACAAACCCUAAUCUUCCUUCACGCAGCUGGGACCCUUAGGCAUGGCGGAUUCAUAAUUGGGAGUGGAUUUAGCUAGGUAUUUGUCUACGGGCUAGCUCAUUCGAUACGAAAGCAAUUAUUUUCUUGAAAUAUAAAUAUUAUAUGUGCAAAAGAUAUAUAUAUAUAUAUAUUAAGUGUUUCUAGUUCAAAUAUAUAUUAAGGAUAUUGCCGUCUGAUGAUAUUCCAUAAAUAAAUGUAGUUUCGUAAUUUCACAUGUUACUCGUCCAAAAGAUAUUUGUAUACCACUUUAUAUAUAUUUCUCUAAUGAGCUGCUUUAUAUUUGUAUGUUAUUUUCUCUAUAUAUCAUAUGUAGGUGGGGGACAUUAAAACAAUGGGAAAUUUCAUAUACAUAAAUUUUUAUAUUUAGGAAUUGCUGACAAUACUGAAGAUUAAUGUGUAGACUAACAUAUAUAUUCUUUUAAAACAAAAGGCUAACUUUCACCUUUUUGUAUCCCCGACUUUUAGUCAACGUGGAUCGUUUUCAUUUCAUCGUCAAAUUUUGUGGUUUGGUAUUGUAAUGCAGCCAAUGGGUCAGUAUCCCAUGAUUAUGAAGUAUGUUGGUUCCGAGAUACCAGCUACAUGUUGUUUAUGCCCCCAGGAAAUCCGUUACAAUGUUGGUAGUACUAUUUACAUAUAUACUAAUAAUUCCCAGCAUUUAAUAGUUUUCUUUCUAUAUGCAUUGUGGGAAAAUUUUUCUU